AGGGGACGGGUGCGUGGGAGGACGCCGCUGACGCAUAACGACUAACGGAUUGGGCAUCUGGACCCAGCCACAUCAAGAACUUGAAUGGUGGGAUAUGUAAGUAUUUGGCUAAGAGAGCGAUUUAAAAGAGCACACGAUGAUCGCAAAGAUCGGCUUUGGCGACAUCCCGAGUCCUCCUUCUCCAGGUUCAUCCUGGAUAGGCUGAACGCUGUAUUGGUUCUGCCAGCCCCAACUCGUCAGUCGUCAUGAAACUCCUGGCCGCAGUCGCCGUCCUUCUUGGGCCUCUGGCUCUAGCCACGGCGGUGCCGCAGUUGGAACACAGAGUUUCAUACGAUGGAUACAGGGUCUACCGCAUCGCGACGCACCACAAUGCUGCCUCGGUCAAAGCCCAGCUCAAGGGCUUCGCAACCGUGCCCUUCAACCUCGAUACGGACGAGCAUCUGGACGUGGCCAUACCGCCUGGGCAGAUUUCCGCCUUUGAAUCUCUCGGACUAGAGACGGAGGUCAUGCAUGAGGACUUGGGCGCUGAUAUCGCCGAAGAAGGCAGCUUUGCGGCAUACCGAGGAGUCGAGGCCCAGGCGGUUCCAAGCCUAACGUGGUUCGACUCGUAUCACAGUUACAACGACCACGUCCAGUACUUUAACGACCUGCAGGCCGCCUUCCCUCAGAAUUCUGAAAUAUUCACCAUUGGCAACUCAUACCAAGGCCGCAGUAUCUUUGGCAUCCACAUCUGGGGUAGCGGUGGCAAGGGAUCCAAGCCGGCGGUGUAUUUCCAUGGGACUGUCCAUGCCCGUGAAUGGAUCACCGCAAAGGUCGUGGAAUACAUCACCUACAACCUCCUCACGCAGUACGAUAAUGAUACAACAGUCAGGGCUGUCCGUGAUAGCUACGACUUUUACAUCCUUCCAGUUGUCAACCCGGACGGCUUCGUCUACACGCAGACCAACGACCGGCUCUGGCGCAAGAACCGCCAGCCGCGCUCGGGCAGCUCCUGCGUAGGCACUGACAACAACCGCAACUGGCCCUACAUGUGGAACGUCUCGGGCGGGGCCUCGACCAACCCGUGCGCCGAGACGUACAAGGGCCAGGCGGCGGGCGACACGCCCGAGAACCAGGCGCUCGUGGCCUUUUCCCAGAAGCUGCGGAAUCAGGGCAACGGCAUCAGGCUGUACAUUGACUGGCACAGCUACGGCCAGUACAUCCUGCUGCCCUACGGCUACAACUGCCAGGCGCGCGCGGCCAACCACGCCCGCCAGACGACGCUGGCCUCGGCCGUCGCCGCCCGCAUCGCCCAGCCCUACGGCACCCGCUUCACCUACGGGCCCUCGUGCUCCACCCUGUACGCCACCACGGGCAGCUCCGUCGACUACAUGACCGACGUUGCCAACGCAACUUAUGCCUGGACCAUUGAGCUGCGACCCACGGGCUCGGGCGGAGGCGGCUUUGUGCUGCCGCCCGCCCAGAUCUUGCCUUCGGCUGUGGAGCAGUGGGAGGGGAUGAAGUAUCUUCUUGCUACCAUGUGAAGAGCCGGGUAUUGUUGGGUGUGCCAAGAGGUUCAGGUACAUAGUGACAAUGAACAAUGAGAAUGACUGGGCAAUGGGCAUUGAAAAUGAUAUGUUGCUUCCAUCUUAUUUUUGCUCUUU